CAGCAAACGAACAUCAGUUUUGUCCACGAAUUCACCAUCGCAUGCCCAUAGUGAGGCGUAAGUUGGCGCGAUUUCGCUGCUAGUCACACGUUUGCAGCCGUUAGACGUUGGACGCCGUUAGAUGGUUGAGCCGCACGUUAGUAAACAUUUAAACGACGGCACCAUCGCAUCGUGUACCGCGACGGAACAAAAGCAUGCAUCGCAGGCCUCGCACCGUGUAAACGUGCGUCGCUUUCCGGUGAGCAGUAUUCCCGCCCGGUGGGAAAUAAAUCAAUCCCAAUCUGUAUCUAAAUCAAAAUUUAAAUUACAUUCCCCAGUGUAAAAGUAAACGAAAGAACAAGCGUGAAAGGAAAGGGAAUAUUAAAAAACGACAUUUUUUUGUUGUUGCUAAAAAAAAACACCUGCAAAGAAGAGCAAAUACUAAUCCCCCGACUGAUUCACCAUUAUUUUUCCGGGUGAAUUGUGCAGUGUGUUAGUGUGGCGUGAAAAUUCAGGUGCUUUCGCUCGGAUUAGAAUCGGUUCGAAGUGUUUAAGGGUUAGCAAUCUCCGGAGAAGGUUGUGAAAGAUGCUGUUAAGUCGGAAAAUCUGUCUUCGGUGGCUGUCACACGUCAUUUUCUGUGGCAGAUUUAGCUCCUAAUCAGGGAGCGAAGUGCAUCUCGAUUGAUAGCAAGUACGAAGGGAAGGAAAUAAAAGUGUUCCAGGUGUUCUGCCAUCAGUAUUUCGGCGUGAUGAUGUUGGUGAAACUCUGCGGUGCCGUCAGUCAGGCGACUAAAUCGUAGCAAGCAUCUCUGCAGUGCAAAUCAGUGCACCUGAAGGAUACGUUAAGGUGACAACCGGUUGAUUCAAGGCAAAUCUCAGUGUCUGUGUGUUACAAAUCUUCUCCCAGAAUUGAUUGUCACCAUUGCCAUUCGGUGGAAUUGGUUGGCCAGCGUGUUGUUUCUUCUUUCACUCACGUGAAUGGGAGUGUGCAUUUCGGGCAGUUUUGCCGUGUGUGCUGGGGGAAUUAUGGUAAUUCGGGUCGCGCUUCCAGGGCCAAGAUAUUCCGCAACCGCCGCACGCAAGUGAUAGUGAGAGCGAACCAGUGUGGUGGCAAACACAGGAGGCGGGGAGGUGAAAAGGGUGGAAGAGAAGGGGGUUGGAGGGAAGAAACCAAGUGGCGAAAUGAUGGUCGCAAAAGCAUAAAUUACACUCACGCCGGGCGAUGCCGUUUUGGGGUCGACCGAUGAUCGCUCCAAGUUCCUAGGCGCUUAGUUACACCCUUUACCGACCCACAGUGUCUGUGCUUGAGUGUGUGUGUUUGUUAAGUGAAAAAAUAGGUAAUGAAAUUGCACGACACCGUGUGCGAUAGAUCCGUCAGGCUAAUGCAAGCAGAUCGUAUUAUUCACCGGUGCGUGAUGUGCUUCACUUUCGAUUGUUUGAUGAGUAAUUGCGGAAGUUUGUCUAGCGGAAGCGACAGCAUCGCAGUAGCCAUCGUGAGACGCUAUUAGGGUUCACCCGCUCGGACAUUGUGCUGUCAAGAAACACAAACAAGCGCAAGAAAUACAAACAGUUUGUCCGUAAGAUUGUGGAAUAAUUGAUUUCCUGACCGACCCGAUAGCGGCAAAAUGCCGCCAUCGUUCAACCUCUCCGCGGCCACGACGUAUGAGUUGUUCUCGGGAAAUGUAUCGUCAUCGUUGGAAAAUUACACCACCGCAAUGGUGGAACAAUUUCCAUUUGAAGCACAACAUUCACAAAGAUCACUGCUGGCAAAAAACGCUUCGAUUACUCUCGGACUGGGCGUUGGUAACGCUUUCCAACAGCUCAACACAACCGUUGCUAACCUAACCACGGGACACAACGAUAGCCUCGCCAAUCUGCUACUGCAUCCCGGCAUCCAUCAACUGUCCAGCGGGCUGGUAACGCUUGUCGGGGACAUCAUGAGCCAGUCGGGUGAUACCAUUCUCUCGCGUGAGGAGUGUGACCGUCUUAACAUUAGCUACGCGUUCGAGAACGGCAGCGCACUGGCAAUACCGGGCCUAAAUUGUUACGAACAUGCACCCACCCUGUCCAAAUCGGGCGUCAUCCGGGUGAUCGUACUGUCCGCGAUGGCGAUCGUUUCACUGCUCGGCAACGUUGCGACCAUGUGGAACAUUCAGAAGAACCGAAAAUCGCGCCGCGUCACCCGCCACAACUGGAGCGCUAUUUAUUCGCUCAUCUUUCACCUGUCGAUAGCGGACGUGCUGGUGACGGGGUUUUGCCUGAUCGGUGAGGCUGCCUGGUACUACACGGUGGACUGGGUUGCCGGCAAUCUGUUCUGCAAGCUGUUCAAACUGUGCCAGAUGUUCAGCCUAUACCUGUCCACGUAUGUGCUGGUGCUAGUCGGUGUCGAUCGCUGGGUUGCGGUCAAAUAUCCCAUGAAGUCGUUAAACACGGCGCGUCGUUGCCAUCGCUUUCUGUUCGUAGCCUAUCUGCUGUCCUUUCUGCUCAGCACACCACAGUGGAUGAUAUUCCGGGUGGCGAAAGGACCAUUUGUGGAGGACUUUUACCAGUGCGUGACACACGGUUUCUACACCGACCGAUGGCAGGAGCAGCUCUACACGACCUUUACGCUAGUGUUUAUGUUCAUCAUUCCGCUGCUGAUAUUAAUCGGUACCUAUUUAUCAACGUUCAUGACGAUCUCAAGUAGUGAAAAAAUCUUCCGCAUCGACACAUCGGCCGUCGACCGGACAACGUACUAUCGGCGUUCCGACACGAACCGCCAACGGUUAAUACACAAGGCGAAGAUGAAGUCCCUCCGGAUAUCCGUCGUCAUCGUGGUGGCAUUCGUCGUGUGCUGGACACCGUACUACAUCAUGAUGCUGAUAUUCAUGUUCCUGAAUCCGACCGAACGUUUCGGUGAGGAUCUGCAGUCGGGCAUAUUCUUCUUCGGUAUGUCGAACAGCUUGAUCAAUCCGCUGAUAUACGGUGCGUUUCACCUGGUGCCGAUACGACAGCGACGCAAUCAGUACAAUCAACAUGUAAGGGAAGGCUCUGUGUACUUUCAGCGGUCGUCCACCUUCAACCAUCACAAUGGCCACCAGCGGAACCUGAAUCCGCACAUCAAGUUUUCCAACUCACACUCCAACCUGCCGGAGGAAAUAUCGCUCAUGUCGCUGGAAAAGGAUCUCCGCAGCCUGGAUGAGAACGUCAACCAGAUCCACCAGAAGGGUGGCGGCGGUACAACAGGAGGAGGAGGAGGAGGAGGUGGAGGAGCAGGACUUGUCGGUGGAUCUCGGAUCAAACGGCGCAGCUUCACCAGCAAGUUUCUUUCAUUUUCCCGCCUAUUUCAGCGCAAUCAUCCCACUAAGCUUUAAGAAAAGAAAAUGGUGCACGCGCGCCUGUAUGUACAUAAGUCGGACAGAUGAGAGAGAGAGAGAGAAAAGAAAUGGCGACGCAGAAUGCUCUCUAGGUUAUGUUUACCGUUUAAAGUUUAUCUGAUAAAUUAUAGUUUUAAGCGAACGGUAUCGAAUGUUGAUGACUUGCAGGAAAAACCACAUGCAAACGGGCAGGGCCUGAGCUUCUGGGAAGCGAGUGCAUCAGCUUCUAUCGUUAAACAUAUUUGUUAACUGGAGGGGAAAAAUACAUAACGGCAGCUACUAUACGAAAGGUGCAGCUUUCUGUAAUGCAUCCUUUGAACGGUCUCGAAACUGCAUUAUGCAUAAAAAAAGACAUUGCGUAGCGUCCGAAAGUCUAUUGUACUGUUGCUGUAAAUGGCAUUGUAAAACUCGUUAUUACCAUUCUCAUCCAUAGUCUAUUGUGUGUUCAGUAAAAACACAUCUGUGAGUCCUAAACCGCUACACAAAGAAACGUUUGUUAGAAGAAUGCAUAGUUUUGUAUAAAGGAAAACAAGAUACAAUGCAGGGAAUGUAAACGAAGGGUGUAAAGUGCGUGUGAGCAAUGGUGUAAGAAAAGAGCAAAAUAAUUCAUGUUUACUAAAAUGGCAGCAAAAUGUAAAUGCAGACAGAUAGAGAGACCCGCAGCAGGUUGUUGAACUGAAUAUUCCGAUGAAAGCGUUGUUGUGCAAUGUUUUCCGCGAAGAAACAUGUGGUUAAACCG